AUGACUUCAAUUCUUUUCACGUUAAUCUGCUUGACGGUACCGGCUGUUUUGACUGCGCCAAGAAACGGUCGUCAAAUCACGCCAAGCACACCCUCAAUUGUCACCGAUUCGAUUAUUAUCGAUCCGAUUGUCACCGAUUCGAUUGUCAUCGAUCCGAUUGUCACAUAUUCAAUUGAUGGAUCGAUCACUGAUCCAUCAAUUCAGCCAUGUCCAUUGUCCAUGUGUCCGCAUCCAGGAAUGAGACUUCCUGAUGAAUCUUCUUCAACAAGCCCCUGCUAUUGUCCCCCACUUCCUGAUCCGAUGAUCAAAUGUUUUCGAAAGGAUUUUCCCCAAGUUGCUCGAGCAUUUCACAACUCAUCUCGACUCGACGCAAGCGCCAUUCGAACACAUCUCAUUCCUGGAGUCAGGAAGACACAAGCGAAAUAUGGUGGUCGACAUCGUUGUACUGUGCUUCCUGGUGAUGGAAUCGGACCGGAAAUGUUUGAUCAUUUGAAGAAAAUCUUUAUCGCUUGUCAUGCUCCAAUCGAUUUUGAGGUUGUUCAAGUGAGCUCAAGCCUUCAAAGCGGUGACAUGGAGGCGGCGCUGACCGCUAUUCAAAGAAAUGGAGUCGGGAUCAAGGGAAACAUCGAAACGAAACACCACGAUGCGACGUUCAAAUCGCGAAAUGUCGAGUUAAGACACCGAAUGGAUCUUUACGCAAAUAUCCUCCAUUGUGUCUCGAUUCCAACAAUCCCAACAAGACAUAAUAACAUCGAUAUUGUGAUUAUUCGAGAGAAUACUGAGGGAGAAUAUUCGGGAUUAGAACACGAGUCUAUUCCGGGAGUCGUUGAGAGUAUCAAGAUUGUCACUCAAGGAAAGAUCGAGCGAAUCUCGAGAAUGGCCUUUGAAUAUGCGAAGAUUAAUAAACGAAAGAAGGUCACCGCGGUGCACAAAGCUAAUAUUCAGAAGCUUGGCGAUGGACUUUUUCUCAAAGUUGCUAAGGAAAUGGCUGCAAAACACUAUCCGGAGAUCAAAUUUGAGAGCAUGAUCGUUGACAAUGCAUCGAUGCAAUUGGUAGCUAAACCGCAACAAUUCGAUGUGAUGUUGAUGCCAAAUCUCUACGGAAAUAUCAUCUCAAAUAUCGCUUGUGGAUUAAUUGGAGGCCCUGGUCUCGUCUCUGGAAUGAACAUCGGAGACAAAUAUGCUGUUUUUGAGACUGGCACGAGAAAUACAGGAAGUUCUUUGGUGGGCAAAGAUGUCGCCAAUCCGACAGCUUUCAUUCGAGCUGGAGUCGACAUGUUGAGAUAUCUUGGCUGUGACUCGCACGCAAAUAUCAUUUCAGACGCUUUGUGGAAAACGUUGACCGUUGAUGGAAUCCAUACGCCUGAUUUGAAAGGAACUGGAAAGACAAGCGAGAUGGUGCGAGCGACGAUCAAAAAUAUUCGCGAAUUGCAGCAU